AUGUGUGUCUGUGUUCAUGUGUUUGCAGGCAGCGGCCAGCCGCGGGGACUCGCCUGGGGCCCCUCACAGCCUCUGCAGGCCAGCAGCAAGGAGGGGGUGACAGAGAGGGUGGUGCCGGGCCGUGCCGGCACAGUCUUUGUUCGGACUGUUUUCUUCUUCCUGGGUGGCAUGAGAUGCUCAUGUCGCCCACAGAGCGGGGCUUGGCCCACAGGAGCCAGUGCUGGAGGCCACACUGUGCCGGGGGCCGUGUGCUGCACAGGCCUGCACCCCCCACGGAGGGCCCAAGCUGCUGAAGAGGGAGCAGAAGAUGCGUCCUGCCACCGCUGUGUGCUGGGCUCAGCAGUCACCAUAGGCCUAGCUGGUGCGGGUGAGGGUCGUGAGCACUCUUGCUUUGGGGUGGGCACCCUGAGGGGCCUGGCCCAGGCCUGA